CGCUGGAGAGGGGCGGCGCUGGGGGCCGGCCAUGAUCGCGUCGUGCCUGUGUUACCUGCUGCUGCCGGCCGCGCGCCUUUUCCGCGCCCUCUCAGAUGCUUUCUUUACAUGUCGAAAAAAUGCCCUUCUGGCAAAGAGCCCGUCCCCCCAGGUAGAGGGUAACUUUGCCAUGGCCCCUCGGGGCCCUGACCAAGAGGAGUGUGAGGGCCUGCUGCAGCAGUGGCGAGAAGAAGGGUCCAACCAGGUGCCCUCAACUGUGAGUGAGGGUCCCCUUGCAGAAAAGGGAUUAGCCGAGAGCAGUCUGGCACUCCUGAUGGAUAAUUCUGGAGAACAGGAUGCAGCUUCAGAUGACAAGUGGUCCAGCAGGCAGCUGAGUGACCUGCGGGCAGCAGAGAACCUGGACCAGCCUUUCCCCGAGGUUCUAGGGGAGGAACCACAGUCAGAGGUUGAGGGCCCCUUGUGGGCAGCUGAUCCUGUACAGACAGAGCCACAGUAUGCAGACUGUGCUGUUCUUCCAUUGAGCACGAUGGCUGCACAGCAGUGGGAAGCGGAUCCUGCGGUGGUGCCCUGGAACAUGGCACUGGAGCCUGUGCCUCAGGAAGAGGCUCCCAUGUGGCCCUUUGAAGGCCUUGAGCAGCCUCCCCCAGUGGAAAUACCCUAUCACGAAAUCUUGUGGCGAGAAUGGGAGGAUUUCUCCACCCAGCCAGAUGCUCAAGGCCUGGAGGCAGGGGAUGGCCCUCAGUUCCAGUUCACUCUGAUGUCUUACAACAUCCUGGCUCAGGAUCUGAUGCAGCAGAGCUCCGAGCUCUAUCUGCAUUGCCAUCCAGACAUCCUAAACUGGAACUAUCGCUUCGCCAACCUCAUGCAGGAAUUCCAGCACUGGGACCCCGAUAUCCUGUGUCUCCAGGAAGUCCAGGAAGACCAUUACUGGGAGCAGCUGGAGCCCUCUCUGCGGAUGAUGGGCUUUACCUGUUUCUACAAGAGGAGGACUGGAUGUAAAACAGAUGGCUGUGCUGUCUGCUACAAGCCCACCAGAUUCCGUCUGCUCUGUGCCAGCCCAGUGGAGUACUUCCGGCCAGGCUUAGAGCUCCUCAACAGGGACAAUGUGGGCUUAGUGUUGUUGCUGCAGCCACUAGUUCCAGAAGGCCUGGGGCAAGUCUCAGUGGCUCCACUGUGUGUGGCAAAUACUCAUGUCCUAUACAACCCACGCCGGGGUGAUGUCAAGCUGGCCCAAAUGGCCAUUCUCCUGGCUGAGGUGGACAAAGUGGCCAGGUUGUCAGAUGGGAGCCACUGCCCUAUCAUCUUGUGUGGGGACCUGAAUUCCGUGCCUGACUCACCUCUCUACAACUUCAUCAGGGAUGGAAAGCUCCAGUAUGAUGGGAUGCCAGCCUGGAAGGUGUCUGGACAGGAAGACUGCUCCCAUCAGCUUUACCAGAGGAAGCUGCAGGCCCCACUGUGGCCCAGCUCCUUGGGCAUCACUGACAGUUGUCAGUAUGCCACAUCCUGUCGUCCUAAGAGAUUAGAGAGACGAAAGUACGGCCGAGAUUUCCUGUUACGUUUCCGCUUUUGCAGCAUCGCUUGUCAGCGACCAGUAGGAUUGGUUCUCAUGGAAGGAGUGACAGACUCUAAGCCAGAUAGACCUGCUAAUUGGGCCGAAUGUGUCCUUGAGGAAGACACAUCUGAAUUUGAGCCUGUCUUCCCCAGACCUAUAGGCACUAUCCAGCACUGCCUCCACCUGGCCUCAGUGUAUACCCACUUCCUGCCCCAGCAUGGCCGCCCAGAGGUCACCACAAUGCCCUUAGGUCUUGGGAUGACAGUGGAUUACAUCUUCUUCUCAGCUGAGUCCUGUGGGAAUGAGAACAGAGCUGAUCACAGGUUGGAUCGACAUGGAACUCUGAAGCUCCUGGGCCGCCUCUCCCUCCUCUCUGAAGAGAUUCUCUGGGCUGCCAACGGCUUACCCAAUCCCUUCUACUCUUCAGACCAUCUCUGCCUGUUAGCCAGCUUUGGCAUGGAAGUUACUGCCCCGUGACGACCCCCAGGGGAAGAGGGGCUUCUCUUCUGGAAGAGCUCACUGGAUUGACGACUGUGCAAAUGCCCUGUGCUGUGGAAACUUACAUCCUUUUCCCUUGUUCUUUCCUGCCUGUGGUUAGACUUUCUCCAAGCCUAUCCAUGUGCUCUGCCUAUGGUCCCUGCUACACCCCAGCCUCUUCCUAAUCCUGUGCCACAUGCUUGGUGGCCCUGGGAGAGGCGGAAAGGUUUCCCCCUUUCAUGUACCCAGCACUCCCCUUGAUUUUUAAUGACCAGGGUUGCGGGAGCUAUUGAUCUCAUUGGUUAUUUGCUUUCGGGCCAUUUCUUGGUGGCACCUUCUGACUAACCUCAUACCCUUCAUGACCUGUUGGCCAAGCCCUCUUGCCAGGAAUGCAUGUGUCCUCUUGGGGUAACACUGGGCUAGGGGCAGGUUGAAAACAUGGCCCAAAAGCCAGCAGGUAUAUUUAUUUGUCCUUGUCACCCUUUACCUUGGGUUUCAUUAGUCAGGACACACUUGUUAGCUGGGCUUAGGGAGUUCAUGACCCACAGCCUGGACCAGCAGAUCAGGGCAUGCACUAUAUACUAUACCUCAGAGCUCCCCAUAGGCCUGGUAAUUUUGGCAGGACUCAUUCUUUGCUCCAGAGUGCCCUGAGGGAGGCAGAAAUUAAAGCCUUGUGUGGAGUUCAGUAGGUGGGAUAGUGGUAUGAAAUUUAAAACAUUUUAAGGAUGGGGAGAAGAAACCUUCAGGAAACUCUAUCUGUGACUGGACUUUGCAGAACUGGACUAGAGUUGGAAUUCCUGUAGGAAAGAGCUGGAGGCUCUGUAGCUGCCUUAGGCAGGACUCAAGCCCUGAGGGGCUUACUUUUAUUUGUUCUGCACACCUAAAAAGCAGUUUUCCGUUCCUUUCUUCACACUACUUUUAUUUCUUGUCUCCUACCUUCCCUGGUCCCUUCAGUUUUCUUUCUGCAGAAGCCUACUAUUAGCUCAGGUCAAACCAUCUCAACAAAAGGCUAGCUUUGGGCAGCAUGGGUGGCUGUAUUUGAGGAGUUGCUUUGUCCAGCAAAGCCUCAGUGCUUAGAGCCUCUGCUCUCCCUCCCCAAACAUGGGGUCUCCUAGCCACUCAGGGUCCCCUCUAGCACACACUGUGUGCCACCUGCAUGCCUUACUCUAAUUGUUGGGAUGUGGCCUAGGGUGUCCUUGGGCCAGCUCCUCCCCACACUUCUAAUUUAGAGUGGCUGUUGCCCUGUUCCAUCUCCAUGAGGAGGAGGGCCAAGAGGUUACAGUCAGGUGAUGGUGGGCCAGUGUUAGUGUUCUUUCAUUUAUUUGAAUGCCAAAGACCCAGCUUGAACACUGCUACUGUGUGGCUGGUUGUAAGCUUUCCUUGACCAGUUUUUGGACAACUUCUUUCCUGUGUGUCUAUUGUAAAUUGUUUUCUGGGUACUGGACGUGGGUCUGUCUGAGCCCCAGGCCUGUCUGUCCACAAUCCCCCAUUCACUGUGUCUCUUUCUAGGCAUUUCCGGAGGUGGUCUCAAGAUAAUGUCCUGUUGGUUCCUAUCUGUUUCCUCUGCCAGGAAAUGCAGGUUCAAACUGCAAAACAUGGCAGAGGACCAGAGCUUUUCUUUUUUGUUUCUGUUUUAGAAAUGAAGUGGGGGUUUAGAUAUUUGAAUUGCACUCUGCAGCAUGCAGAACUGGGUAACAACAUUUUUUCCAAAUAAAAGUUUACCUUCCCCUCA